AUGGAUGAUGAUGAGACAAAGCAAGAAAGAAAAAGUGGAGAGCAGGAAAGUUCUGACCGAAAUGCUGCUGCAGAACAAUUUUCUCUUUAUGCUCUCGGUGAUGAAUUGGUUGAAAAGCUGAAACUGUUGAACUAUGAGGAAAAAUAUGCAAAUCUUGCAGCUAGUCAUAGGACUGUUUCCAGAGAUUACUUCGUGCGGAGUACAAACGUUGGAGAGCAGUUCUUCAUAUUUACAACACUUGCUGCCUGGCUCAUCCAGAAAGCAGUUGAUCCUGCUUUUGCAUUUCCUCAAGAGGUACCGCGAUUUCAAUCUUACUGCUACCACACUUAA